GUCUCUUGUAGAAGGUUAGAGUUCUCAGCAUCAUACAUCUAGAAAUCACCAUUUUUUUUUAAAAAAAUUCUUUGCUACUUACACUAUUAUCAGUCUAAUAAGACCUAGCCUUUUUAUUAGAAAUGAUUCCUAAAGUUCAUGAUGGCCUUGAAAUGGCUAUGGCUAGGAAUGAGAGUGGCGAAAACCUUGAGAAAUGGAAGAAACGUAUGCAUGUUUUUGGUGAGAGGCUUAAAAGGUUUCCUUGUUUGGUUUGGAAGACUACUUGGAAGGUGGGAUGUGAUGAUCCAAGAAGGGUGAUCCAUGCAUUCAAAGUUGGUUUAUCUCUUACUCUUGUAUCAUUGCUUUAUAUAUUGGAGCCACUCUUUAAAGGGAUUGGCCAAAAUGCUAUUUGGGCUGUCAUGACUGUCGUGGUGGUUUUCGAGUUCACUGCAGGGGCAACUUUAUGCAAAGGGCUGAAUAGAGGAUUGGGGACAUUAUUAGCAGGAUUAUUGGCAUUUCUUCUUGAUUAUGUUGCAGAUGCAUCUGGUCAGAUCCUUCAAGCUGUUUUCAUUGCAGUUGCAGUUUUUAUAAUAGGAUCUACGGCCACUUAUAUGAGGUUCAUUCCUUAUAUAAAGAAGAAUUAUGAUUAUGGUGUGGUUAUAUUCCUCUUAACCUUCAACUUGUUAACUGUUUCGAGUUACCGGGUUGAUCAUGUCUUGAAGAUGGCACAUGACCGCUUCUUCACCAUAGCCAUUGGCUGCGCCAUUUGUCUUUUCAUGAGUCUUUUAGUAUUUCCAAAUUGGUCAGGGGAAGACCUUCAUCAUUCCACAGCUUUCAAACUUGAAGGCCUUGCCAAAUCUAUAGAAGCUUGUGUCAAUGAAUAUUUUUAUGGAGAAAUUGAAGUUUCUGGUGAUAUAAAAUCAUCUGAAGGUCCAAUAUACAAAGGUUAUAAGGCUGUUUUGGAUUCAAAAUCCACAGAUGAAACAUUGGCAUUACAUGCAAGUUGGGAGCCAAGGCAUUCUAGGUACUGUCACAAAUUUCCAUCGCAACAGUAUGUAAAAGUUGGAACUGUUCUUCGCCAAUUCGGGUAUACAGUGGUAGCUCUACAUGGCUGUUUGAGAACAGAAAUUCAGACUCCACAAUCUGUUCGAGUCCUAUUCAAGGACCCUUGCAUAAGGCUAGCAGCAGAGGUAUCAAAAGCACUAAUAGAACUAGCCAACAGCAUAAGAAGUCGGCGUCAUUGCUCACCAGAAAUACUCUCUGAUCAUCUACAUGAAGCAUUGAAAGACCUCAACGCAGCAAUAAAAUCUCAACCACGACUCUUCUUAGGCUCCAAUGACAUCCAAGCAAACAACAUGCUCGCUACCAUAGCCGCCUCUCAUGGAAAGAGCUCACUCUCAAGUGUUAAAACCGAUUCUUCAGCUUUGUUAGAUUGGAAAACCAAAAGUGUAUCAGCUGAACAGACAAAGGAAGAAGGACAAUUACCUGUACGUAAGGUGUUGAGAAGCCAGAUGAGUAAAAUUGCUAUCACUAGUCUUGAGUUUUCUGAAGCAUUGCCUUUUGCUGCUUUUGCUUCUUUGCUCGUGGAAACGGUGGCAAAACUGGAUUUGAUAAUUGAUGAAGUUGAAGAACUUGGGAGAUUGGCGUGUUUCAAAGAGUAUACACCUGGCGAUGAGUUUUCUAUUAGUUGUGAGAAACCAAGAGUUGAUGUUUUGGAGAACCAUUUACCUUCUCAUGGAGGAGAGUGAUUCUGAAUGGGAGUAAGGAAAUACAUUAAUUUCAUAAUAUAUAAUACUGAUUAUUCACUAAUAUAUAAAUGAUUGUGAUGAUGUAUAUGUUUCAUUAUUUUUUAUCAUCAGACUAUGUACUCUGGUAAUUUUAGAUGAGAUUUGAUAUUUUUAUACUUCAAAUCUAUUCCUUUUUAUUUUUUCUAUUUUAGAAUAAGUCCAACAUUGUUUGGUACAAAUUAAGAACCAAGUUCUACGAAAGUUCACAGGAUCCCUCGUAAAGUUUAGCGCAAUCCAAGUGGUAGAUAAGGCAGAAGAAUUAUACAGUUGCAGAACAUGGAUUCUUUGUAAAUGGGAUCUGGAGGUGGCAAUGGCAGUGGGCCAACAAAUUUUCUCCACAGAAAACUGAACAAGUACAUGAGUUGGAAGUAAUUAUGGAAAUGGUUAAUCUGGUCUACACAAAAAGGACUUUAGACUAGGACAUUGGACAUAUGGAAUGGCUUUGGUGUGAAAUCCUACUAUAAACUGUAUCAGUUAGGAAAACUUGGUCUAAAAUCUUUGACUUGCUUUAAAUCUUAUUCGAAAAAGUGAAGCUCCCUCAGAAAUGUGUUUGGUUGGACACUAUUGCAGGAUAGACCACCCACAAGAGAAGCUUUGAACAAAAGAGGUGUCUUCAACGAUCUCCACGGUCUCUCAUGUGCCUUUUGUUUUGAAAUUUUAGAAUACGCGAACUGCCUAUUGUUUUCUUUUUUGAAGAGCCAAAAAUAUGAGAGAAUUAUUAGGUGGGAAAAUGAUGUGGGAGUUCAACACUUUAUUAUUUUUGGAGGGUAAAUUUUAUGGUGCACAAGUGAGGUAAGUUCGGCAUUAUUGCUCAACUUAUUUCUGAAGAAUACGGGAAUUUUACAAACCAUGAAAGUAUGGAGCCGAAGACGAUGGAAAGGAGAAAUAGAAGAAAACUGUGCUCGAGCAUGAAGGCCUCUGCAACAUGUCAACCUUUAGUGUAUUGAUAGCAUAUAGACCAUGUAAGUACUAGUUUCUCUAUUCUGCUUGUCGUUUAAUUAGCUUCAACCAUGCAACUUGCUGGUUUGAACUAUCUUUGUCUUGUUGCACAAGUUCAUGAAAAAUGAUCUUUAAAUGGUUUAGUUAAUACUUGUAUGCUAAAUUCAUAUCUGAUGCAUAACCACAAUGUAGGAGGCGUGUUCAUAGAUUAACUAAGUAGUUGUUUUCU